AUGUCUAUCAAUAGUGAACUAUAUUUACGUCCCCUACCUUAUCUUGAUAGUAAAUGGUUAAGAGCUGAUAUAAUUUCAAGUUUAAGAAAUGUGGAAGACACCGCAAUAUUAUGGAACAAUUUGAUUCAAGAUUGCGAGCUUGUGUCAUCUGCCGCGCCCGCAGUAUUAAAUAGUAAUCAGAAUUUGUCAUAUUUAGGUGACGAUGGAAAGCACUACUGCGGUGCCCAAAAAUUAAAUUGCUUAUGCUGUCCUGGUUAUUGUGGUCCACUCUCAGGUUGCAAUUGUUCAUCAUGCCGUUUGUUAGAUUCAGACUCUGCAAUCAAAAAAACUUUAAGCACCAACCAAUCGUCUGGAAAUGAAGUAAAUUCUAAUUUAAUUUUAGAAAGUUGGCUAUGGGGAAGUGUUCCCAGUAAAGAACAUAAAAAGAAUUGCAUAAAUGCACUGUUAAUAGAACAACAAAAUAUAGCAUUGCAGGCUUCUGGAAAUUGUUUAUCUUCUAUUCAUUUGCGGGAGCAAUUAUAUGUUUAUGAAAGGUAUUUUAUAGCACUUUCACGAUCUAAAAAGCAAAAAAAUGACUUAGUCAAUAUUAAACAACGUAUUCAAAACGAAAAUGAAAAGCAACAAAAUAUAAUAAAGCAAAGUAAUGUUCAAAACAAUAAAGAAGUGUCGAAAAUUCCAAAAGAAUACGAAAAGGCGACUAUUGGAUUGGCAAGGGUUGGAACUAGGGCAGCUCUCAAUUUUUCGUUUGCUUUUCUACGUAGGGCAUGGAAAUCAGGUGAAGACACAGAGCUAUGCACCGAACUUUUGGGAGAAGCCUUGGAAUCUCUGCAAGAUUUACCAGAGGCUUCGUUAUUUGAUACAAGCCAAGUUUCUUCACUUUGGAUAGAGGUUUUAGAACGUUCAAUCAAAUUUCUUCGGCAAGUAGUCUUGGGAGACAUUAUGGGUGGAAGAUGUUCGGUCCCUUUAGAUGAUCGAUAUUUGGCUUUAUGUUUAUUACUUGAAUUAGGAAUACAAAAAGGCACUUUGAGUGCUUCACUAGAAUCUAUAGUGCUGUUAUUAAUUUUGUAUGAAAAAGAAAAGGAUACCGACGAUAAUCGAGACAUUCCACAAGAUACUGGUGCUCCUUUAGUUCCAAUUUUAAGACGUUAUGAACGUAUAUCUAAUUUCAGUGUUCAAAGUUCUUCUGAAAUGACAUCAGCUAGCGCAACUGAUUGCUUUCUACGCUUUCUUACUCUUCCAGAACAAAUUAACAGUAAUGUUGACUUGAAGCAAGCAGCUGUUAUAGUUAUUUCACAUUUAGAUAAAACAUCCAAGCCCCAUAUGCCAUCGUUAGGGGCCACAUCUAUUGAAGGUGGACCAACUAUCAUAAAAAAGCAAAACCUUCAAACAACAUCAAAUGACAGUCAAAUCCACCCCGAACAAAAAGUUUUUGCUCUGGGGUGGUAUUCUUUGAAUCCGGAAAAUUACGGAUUUACAAACGAGUUGCCUGUAGGAAUAACCGUUGAAAAUCAAAUAGAUCCUAACAUGUGUAGUAAUUAUUCAGCGUCAAAUUUGAAUUUGAAAUUCAAAAUCCAUCAGGUUAUCUUUUCUGAAGAGCAAGUACUCUUCUCAUCAAAAGAUGGCAAAGUUUACAGUUGGAGAAUAAAUAAACCAGAAACUGAACCUUCAUUAAUUAAUGAACUAAUUGACUAUGAAAUCAUUCGUUUGGCUGGUCACUGUGAAGGGAAGCAUUUUUUAGCUCUGGAUUCGUCAGGUCAAGUUUUUAGUUGGGGUAACGGUGAAAGCGGCAGAUUGGGUCACGGAGACACAAAUUCAAAAGAUUCACCAACAAAAAUAACAUUUUUUAAUAAUGAAAAAGAAAUUGUGAACGUGUUUUGCGGAUGUUCCUAUAGUGCAGCAUUAGCAGCAAAUGGUGACCUUUACACUUGGGGUAGGGGAACUUACGGUAGACUAGGGCAUGGUAAUUCAGACGAUAAGUUUACCCCCUGUUUAGUACAAUCACUCCGAGGCCAUGCUGUAGUUGACGUUGCCCUUGGAAGUGGUGAUUCGCAUUCUCUAUGUGUGACGGAUGACGGUUUUGUCUUUGUUUGGGGUGAUGGUGAUUUUGGAAAGUUAGGAAAUGGGUCGUGUAAUGGAUCUCAGGUUCCAAUUCGUCUGGAAAACUUGCCAAAAAUUAGAAGAAUUUAUGCUGGUUCCCAAUUCAGUGUCGCCCUUUCAAAUGACGGAAAAAUAUUUAGUUGGGGAAAAAGCUUAGGGGGCAGGUUAGGACACGGUUCGUUAGGGAAAAGUAUUCAAGGUAUUUCAGAAAUAAUUAAUACACCAAAACAAAUACAAGCUUUAGAGGGUAAAUAUAUUGUCGACGUCGCGGUUGGCGCCUCCCACUGCUUAGCUUUAACUAAUAAAGGUGAACUAUUUGGUUGGGGUAGAAAUGAUUAUCAACAAAUAUGCCCCUCUUCAAUAUCAAAAGAACCAAUUUUAUCAUCUCCGAUUCUUUCAACUCAUCCUUCAACUCAAGUAUAUGGAGUAGCAUGUGGACAGAGUCAAAGCAUUAUAUGGUGUCAAAAUGCGAUUAUCGGAAUUCCUACCAAAAUUCCAUUCAUUAUUGAUUUGUCCGAGCACACAUUUAGAUUAUUAGAUCAACUUUUAGGAAUGGUGUGUGGGCAUGAAGGAAGAAUAGCACCUAGCCAAGAAUCUGAGUGUAUUGCAGUAGCAUGCUUGAAUCUAUUGAGGUUACAAAUGCAUUCUUUAAAGGCCAAUAAUUAUUCAGUGAAAUUAGUGGGGCUCAAUGAGGGUUCUAGGCUUUUAAUAAGUUUAAAAACAAAAAUAUUAGCCCUGGCUGGAGGAUCCGGUAUAUUGAAAACUAUGCAAGAAGCAGCACAAUGGACAUUACAAAUUGGUUGGAGCAUACUCUUACCAACGGCUUCAGAACGUGCACAAACUUUGACAUCUUUAUUGCCAACGGAACCUGGUUUUUCUUCAUCUGGACACCGUUUUAUGACUGAUUUGCUUGUAAGUUCUUUAAUGGCUGAAGGAGGAUUAGAAACGGCUCUUAAUCAAACUAUAAAUUCGGAUAAUUCUGAAUGUCCAAGCAAUAGUCAUACUUUACCUUUACUUCAUUUGAUAAAACAACUGCUUCGUAAUAACACAGCUUUAACGCAGGCUCGUUUGUCGCAACUCUUAUCAAAUUCUAAUUUUAUAAAAAAUGAAGAUGAUAAUCUUACAACAGCACCAGAACAAACUUCACCUAGUCUUGACUUACUCCAUAGAUUUCAAAGGUUAUUGCUUUCACAUAUACAUCAGGCGAAAAAUGAAGAGAUUCACAAUGCUGAAAAUUUAUUAGCUAAAUACAUUUUAAGUACAGUACAUUUUUGUACACUUUCAUUGCAAAAAGCUUACGAAGUCGUUCUUCAAGGAAAAGAAGGUGUCAUUGACAUUUUGAAGUCUGAUAUAUCAGACACAUUGUUUUGUGAGCUUCUUGUUGGACUAAUCUUGAUAAGUCGUGAUAAACCGAACCUUCUAGCAAAUUUGGAAUGGACAAGCAUUUUCAUACCAAUACUUCAUGCUUUAGAUAAUCUGAAUAGAAUUAUUUGUGAUAGUGAAAUACAAGAUUCGGAUGAUAUGGGUUGGCCGGGCAUAAUUUGUCGAGGCUCACAGAAAUCUUCUUCAAUAACGGAGGAAACUCCGCUAUUACGUAAGACUGAUUUGGAAAAUCAUAAUGUUGAUGGUGGAAAAUGGUUAAUAAUAUGUGGAUAUGUCUGUGAUAUACAGGAUUUUAAACAUGAAAAUUCUGAGCUUAAUCAAAUUCUUGAAAAGGGAAUUGGAUAUGAUGUAACAUCUGAAUUGCUUUCAGCAUCUAAUCGUUCUAUAGUAGAACAUUUGGUUAGUACCCGAAAAAUAGGAAAGUUUGCAUAUUCUACUGCAGAAGAUAAAUGUCAGAAGCAUCAAAAUAAACCUCUAACACAUUUUAAUUCGGAAAGAACUUUAGCUUAUUUAUUAGGCUUGCGUGCUAAUAUCCUGCAAUAUAGUUUACCAAUACAACCAGCAGAAACACAAUGCAAGCACAUGCUUAAAUCUGCUAUACUUAGUGGUGGUUUGCAAGUUCUUCAACCAACAAAUCCUUUUGAUGAAGAAAAAGGUGAAGCUAGAAGUAGUACAUCUACAGCCGGAAGUACUCCAACAGAACCAAUGAAUCAAAUUUCUCGAGGGGCAUAUGCUUCAGAACGUCAAACCCCAACAUGGCCGUUUUUACAGCUUAAACAAAGAAUUGAGUUAUUUUUGAAUGCUCUAAGCGAAGGUCGUUUAACAGAUCCUUUAGUAUGCGCUUGGAUGUCAAUUUGCGAUCGAUUUGGAAAGGAGAAUAAUUUGAUUUGGCAUCAAGAAUUUGCGAUUGAGCACCCGGUUCAAGAAUUAGAUAGGUUACUUACCGCAGUGCUGAUUAGGCACCAGAGUUUAGGACCAUUGAUUUUAGCUGUCAUAGAUCGAGAAUUAAGUGGUAUUUCUGAACGACCCCCAAAUAAAAUUGCAGAUAUAAUUAAAUUAGUUUAUCAGACAAAGUGGACUAUUAUUAGAACGAGGCAGCAAUUAAAUCGCAGUUAUAAAGAAGUUUGUGCGCCAAUGCUUGAAAGGUUAAGAUUUUUGUUAUAUGAGGUACGACCUGCUAUUAGUUUGGAACAAACUGGGUUGAAGAAAUUGUGUAUUUUACAUAAAGAACCAAGAUUUAAAGGUUUAGUAAGAAGAAUCAUAACGGAAAUGAGAAUAGCUAAAAAGCAAUUAGCGUGUGCAAAACCGGAAGACAUACUCAACGUUACCAUACAGAGUCAAAAUGCCGCACAAAAAAAUUUAUCACAAGAGAACCUUUGUUGUAAAAAUUUAUCAUUAGAUAAUUUAAAUUCAACUUUGGGUUCAAGUGUUGAUAAUCUGACAUCUUUAAAUUCUCCCGGACAAAGAAAGCACUUAUCUAGUGAAAAUUUGUUAAACGUUUCUGAAGGAGAUUUGGAUAAUUUAAUUAUUAACAACGAAAAAAAUUCAGUUAAAUCUUCAAACGAUUUUUCUAAUUUCAAUAUUGACAAACAAAAGGAGACGGGACAAUUCAUAAAUGACGUUAUAUUAAAGCUGAGUGAAAAAUCUGAAGUCCAUUGCCUUAACUCUGAUCUCAACAUGUCUUCAACUAUAAUGUCUCAAAUUGUGGAUUUUGUCUUACAGGAUAUAAGUGACGUUGAAACCCUGAGAAGAGCGAUGUUCUGUCAAGUUCAGCGAUAUAAAAUUCGUCGUCAAGGUCUGCAAAUGUUUUAUGAACUCUUACAAAUUAGUGGAUUGUUAGGAGCUGUUCAAUACAAUAUGCUUAGUGGUUACUUAGGUUUACAUUUAAAACGUUCAAAGUCAAAUAUCAAAAAUGUUUUGGAUGACCUUAAUAUGAUAACAGCGUUUCAAAAGGCUAACUUAAUAUUGUCUGAAUCUAAAAUAAUUCAGUGGUCUGUAAAUGAGCUCCAAAAAUUAGUUAAUCAGGAGCAUAUAACGAUAAAACAAAAAUAUCAUGGAGGGAAGGAUAAUUCAAAUUUGGGAACGUACGUGUUUUUAAAAAAAUUGCCUAGAGCCAGAUUUUUACUAAGCGUUUUUGGAAUUCUUGCCAAAGAUUUUGGACCGAAUGAACUAAGUUUUCUGAUCAAUUCAGGGCUUCUAGGGACCGUAUUGGGACUACUCCGACAAACGGGGGGUGAUAUAAAUAAUGUUAAAAGUAAUAAUGAGUUAUCUGUGGUAUAUGAGGAUACUAUUUUAAAGCAAACUUCGAGUAAAAUAAAUUUAACUGGACCCGAGUUAGCAAAACUUAUGAAAGUGGGUACUCGUGUUUGUAGAGGAGCUGAUUGGAAAUGGGGCGAUCAGGAUGGCAAUCCUCCAGGGGAAGGUCGCAUUAUCAGCGAAGUUGGAGAAGAUGGAUGGGUAAGAGUGGAAUGGGAUACUGGCGGUAUGAACUCUUACAGAAUGGGGAAAGAAAAAAAAUAUGAUCUUCGAUUGGCUGAAAGUGCUUCAAAUAUAAUUUCGCCCGACACAGAAACCGAAAAAGAUGAUUUUCAUCCGAUUGAUAUUCAAACAUCUGGUGAAUCUCAUCCAACAAAGCUUUUAAGAUAUGCUUCAACUAAAAUUCUUCAGAGUUUAGCUGUUGGUUUAGCACAACAUAGUGAAAAUAUGGAAAAAACGGCGGUGUUUGGCAUAACAUCUAUGUUUCGAACAUUGUUGACUUCCAAAACUAAUUGCUUAGCUAAUUUUUGUGGAUUAAAUAGCUGGACAACCUUGGGAUUUUUGAGAGCAAUUGCUGGAAAUUCAAAAAUUAUGUCCAAGUACUUAACAGAACCAAUAUGGUUGGAUUUAUAUAUAAAUAUACUUGAACAACCAAUUAUUAAUGAGGGAGAUGUUUUCAAAAAAAUUCAUUGCUUGAGAUUGUUGGAAACUAUUUUAGUUAACUGGGCAGAUGAUGAUGCUACUCGGUGUUCAGACUUAGUUAAACAGUUAUUCAUAAUUUUAGGCAAAAUAUGUUUAUAUUGCCCCAACGAUUUGUCAUUAAUUCAAAAUCCACAAGAUGUAAAAUCCAGAGUUUUAUUGACAGCAUCUCACUCAAGUACGGUAGCAGAGGAAAUUAUCACUUUGAUAAGAAAAUUACACCCAUUACCCCUAUGGAAUUCUAUAAUAAACUCAUUUUUGUCUCAAAAAUUAUGUGUUGCAGCUGACUUAUUCUCAGAAAGUGAUACCGUUAUAAGUAAUUUAGACAUGGAAAGAACGCAGGUAAUUGGUGUUUUAAAUUCUAUAGGAGGAUGUGACACAAGACCUCGUCUCGGAUUGCAGUUAACUUAUGAGGGUAAUCGUGGUACAAUUUCUGGGUUUACUCAAAAAGGAAAAUGUAUUAUUAACUUUGAAAAUGAAAAUGCUAUGUCAUUGCAUUUUGUGUCGGAAACAAAAAAAAUUUCGUUACAUGCCGCUAGCGAAUUCGCAAACUACACAGUUUUCAGUUUAUCUAAAUUACCGUUAAAUGAAAUGCUUCUGAAUUCGUGGGCGGUAUUAGUUUACGGCUCUGGUGAACGCAAAGAAUCAGUACCCGGUGCGGUCGAUUUAUCUCUUUUAAGAUCUCAACAAAUACAACUUUCUGUUUUAAAUGCUAACUGUGUGUUAUACAGAAAUCAAAAUUCUCUACGAAAAGUUUUGCGGCAAAGAUCUCCCAAAUUGUCAAGUUAUUCUUCAGAAGAAAGUAUUUCUGAACAAGAAAAUCAAGAAGAUAGCAGAAGAAAUUCUAGUGAAAAUAUUCAGAAAAAUAAAGUUUUACAAAUUGAUAUUAACCCUAAUUUGGGAGACUUAACUCAGCAAGAAGACUUGACGGUGUCAAACAGUGAACUUUUAAUUCAAAGUAUACUUAGCCGUGCAACUCAACCCUCUCCUGUGAAAGCAAUUUAUACCUAUCAAGAAUUAGCUACAGCCGCUUUAAAUGUGUCGCAAAUGCUCGCGAGCUAUAUGCAUGCUGAAACUAGUGCUUCAAUGUGUAAUAUUUUAAGAGCAGCACCACCACCAAGUCAACCAACGCUGAUUCAUGGUAUACCAAUUUAUAAUAAUAAUUAUGGUGAGGAAGUUUUGCAACAAUCAGUCGAUAAUGUUAAUUUUCAUGCACCCUCAUGUAAUAUGAACCGUAAUAAUUCAGAAAAACCAAAUUGCCCUUUAAUUCAUCAAAUAAUGGAAAUGGGAUUUUCGAAAAAAUCUGUUGAGUUAGCUGUAAAAACUUUAACAAUUCAUCCUGAUCUGCAGCCUACUCCCGAACAAAUUAUACAAUGGAUUUUAGAACAUCCCGAUCUUUGUCCUCCAUUGCCAUCUACUUCUGGAACACAAACUAUUGAUUCUAUUACGGAAACCGAAUCCGAGAAGAAAAAAUGUAAUAAGCCCAAAGAAACUAGAAAAGAAAUAAAGCAAUCAAGGUCUUUAAACCAAAAUAGUUCUGAUACAGAAAGCUCAAGUGACAGUAGUGAUACUGUUGAAGGAUCUUCAGUUCAAGAUCAGUUAUCUUCUAAACUAACAACUAAAUAUUCGACGAAGCAAGAUUUUCAAACAGAAGAUCAGUAUGCUAUGUAUGUUCGUGAACUGAUAUGCCCCGGUAUGUUAGUUAGAUGCUGCAAGGACUUCGAAGAAAUUAAACGUGGUGAUAUUGGAACUGUUCUAAAAGUCGACACAGAAGGUUUACAUGACUUAAAUGUUCAAGUGGAUUGGCAAGCUCAUGGCAACUCAUACUGGGUCUGUUUCAUACAUUUAGAACUUUUAAGCCCUCCUUCAUCAGAAAAAAUUUCCGAAAAAAAAGAAAUCAAAGUAGGAUCUCAUGUUCGAAUAAAAUCUCAAGUAUCUAUCCCAAAAUAUCAAUGGGGGUUAGUAAGUCGAGGAAGCAUCGGUAUUAUUACUGCAAUCAACGGAGAUGAUGUAACUGUUGAUUUUCCACAACAAUCGAAUUGGACCGGAUCUUUAAGUGAAAUGGAGUUACUUUCAAAUGAUUGCGAAGCUAUGUCCACAACAUCGAAUUUCGGCCAAAAUGGCUCGGUUGAUCUUGUAGAAGAUUGGUCACGCUGUAUUAAAUCUUUAACAGUAUCGUCCAAUGAAAAUCAAGCUAAACAUUUAUUGGAUAGAUCUUCAAAUUAUUGGCAAAGUAAUAGUUCAUCUUCAGGUCAAAGUAAGCACUGGAUACGACUCGAAAUUCAUGACAAUAUUUUAAUUCAUAGCUUAUCUGUUACUGUAAGCCCCUCAGAUUGCUCGCAUAUGCCAUCUCUGAUUGUAACUAAAGUUGGAGAUAAUAUAAAUUCUCUAAAGGAAUUUAGUUGGGUAUCAAUUAAACCAACUGAUACCAAUGUUAUGUUAUUAAGUGACAUACGGCAAUUUUAUCCUUGGAUAGAAAUUUUAAUUAAGCAAUGCAGGAACAAUGGUAUUCAAUGUAAAGUUCACAGAAUAAAUAUAGUUGGAAAAAGAAAACAAACUGAUUUAGAUUUAAUGCUCAUGGAUGCCGCUUUUUUGGCUUGCGAGUAUGACACAAUUUGCGAACCAACAUGCUCAACAUCGUGCACUUAUCCUGAAGAUAAACAACUACAAGAUCAAUCAAUGUGCACUGUUAUGGUAUGGGGUUUAAAUGAUAAGGAGCAGCUGGGUGGUCUUAAAGGUUCUAAAGUGAAAGUACCAACUUUUUCGCAACGUUUGAGUCAACUACGACCAAUUCAUAUUGCGGGAGGCUCAAAAUCUUUAUUUAUUGUCUCUGAAGAUGGAAAGGUAUACGCUUGCGGAGAAGGAACAAAUGGACGUUUAGGUCUUGGUCACAAUUGUAAUGUUUCAGUUCCGAAGCAGAUACCUGUUUUGCAUCAGUACGUUGUCAAAAAAGUAGCAGUCCAUUCUGGAGGAAAACAUGCUUUAGCUUUAACGUUAGAUGGAAAAGUUUUUUCCUGGGGAGAAGGAGAAGAUGGUAAACUUGGUCAUGGGAAUCGUUUAACACUCGAUAAGCCCAAAUUAAUAGAAACUCUUCGAUCGAAAAAAAUUCGUGAUAUAGCGUGCGGCUCUUCUCACAGCGCUGCCUUAACGUCAUCUGGUGAGCUUUAUACAUGGGGUUUGGGGGAAUAUGGAAGGUUAGGACACGGUGAUAACUGUACUCAACUUAAACCAAAAUUGGUUGUGUCUUUAAUGGGGAAAAGAGUUAUUCAAGUAGCUUGUGGAAGUCGAGAUGCUCAAACUCUGGCUCUUACUGAAGAUUCAACUGUCUACUCUUGGGGUGAUGGAGAUUUUGGUAAACUAGGACGAGGGGGAUCUGAAGGGUCAUCAGUACCACAUGAGAUAGAACGUUUAACAGGUAUAGGUGUAAUUCAAAUAGAAUGUGGUGCACAAUUUAGUCUAGCACUUACUAAAAGUGGAGAAGUGUGGACUUGGGGAAAGGGUGAUUAUUAUAGACUAGGUCAUGGAUCUGAUCAACAUGUUCGGAAACCUGCACCAAUACAAGGAUUAAGAGGAAAAAAAGUAAUACAUGUUGCGGUAGGAGCUCUUCAUUGCCUCGCUGUUACAGAUAAUGGUUUAGUUUAUGCUUGGGGAGACAAUGACCAUGGGCAACAAGGCUCAGGCAAUACAAUUGUUAAUAAAAAACCAGCCUUAGUGAUAGGAUUAGAUUCUGUAUUUGUCAACAGAGUAGCAUGUGGAAGUUCACAUUCAGUAGCUUGGGGUUUACCUCAAUCGCAAAAUGAAGACGAUAAAAAAGGUCCGGUACCAUUUGCUACCACGAAGGAUCCCUUGGGGGGAAACAGUUUAGGGAUUUAUGAUGCAGAGCAACAGUAUUCAACAAGUAAAAAAACGUGUUCAAAAGUAGGUUUAAGCGAAAUUCUACUGUCGCUAGAAACGAAUGGAGCUCGACAAACCGCAUUAAGCUAUGUUUUAAACGCGAUGAGUAUUUUGCAAGCUCGCCAAUUAGUAAUAUCAGCUUUGACUAGCCAUAGUCAAAUUUCAACUAGUGAGAAAACCAUUAAUGGCGAUUUCGAAUCUCAAGAGAACUCAAAGGAAUCGGAAAAAAUAACUUCGGCGACACAAAAUAAUGGAGCCACUAAUGAAAUUAUUGCACAAGGUGGAGGUGAAGGUCCAGCCGAUGCCACUGAUCCAGUUUUACAUGAACCAUCACCAGAAGCUGAAAUAGUUUCGUCUGCUCCAGCUGGUCCACUUAGCGCAUUUCAAAGUCUGACAGGAUCAUUGUCUCUCUCCGCUUCUAUAUCUUCAAAUGCAGCGGCUGUUGUAUCUCAAAAGCAUUCAAAGAUGUCAGCUAGUGCCAUGUCUGUGAUGGCUGCUACAAUGACUCAUCAUGAUGAAAUGAUAGCUGAAUGUAGUAUCACUGGACUUGAUGACUUCACUUCUUUAUUAGGUGAAACUGAGGCUAAAAGUUUAGUAGAAUUAUUAAAAUUAAGUGUGGCUGGGAGAACUGGACCUCAACAAACUUCGCGGACAAUAGCUGAAACUUUAACUGCCUUAGGUUCAAAUUCUCCUUGUAUUGGUGAUAUGCUUAUAGAAACGUGCAUUACUGAGUUGGAAGAUUUAUGCACAUCUCGUUAUUGUUUAGGAAAAAUACCAAAACCUGUAGUACAGGAGACUAGCCACCCAUACGUAGAUAAUAUUACAUUGGUUGGUCAUGUAAAAAUUCCAGGAGCUGAAGCAUUAAGAUUGGAGUUUGACAGCCAGUGCUCAACCGAAAAACGUAACGAUCCUUUAGUUAUAAUGGAUGGGUCAGGCCAUGUUAUAGCUACACGAUCAGGUAGAGAAUCACAGCACUGGAUGCCGGAAAUCCGCAUUCCGGGUGAAGAAAUGAGAUGGAAGUUUACAAGUGAUGGAUCUGUCAACGGUUGGGGUUGGAGAUUUUGGGUACAUGCUAUCAUGCCACCAUCUUUCUUACAGGAAACAGGCUCAGACAGGGCUGUUUUAUCGCAGCCUUCAAUAUUAUUAGUUAUGGCAUUACUUGAUUCAAGGUUGAACAUAACUAAUCAAAAAGUUUUAUUACGUUUAGCAACGGCCUUGUCUAUUUGUGCACAACUAAACUCAUUGACAACUUCUCAACGAAUAUGGGCGUUAAAAAAGCUUCACACAACAAUGACAUCAAAGUAUUCCCCUAAGCCUCUAGAUCCUUUAUUGAAUAAUAUUCUCAUGCCACUAAUACCAGAACUGCUUCGUCAAUACGAAUAUGAAGAACCUCAGGUUCGAGGAGGAAUUCACUUGAUGCAUUCUGAAUAUUUUAAAACUCUAGCAGCUUUAGCAUGUGAUAUGCAGUUGGACUCUGUAUUACCUCCCAGUGAGAUGCAUAAAUGGUCAUGGUUCCGCAGAUAUUGCUCAGCUGUAAGGGUAGCUCAAUCAUUUGUUAAACGUACAGAACUGCCGCGCUCAUUCUGUAUGGAAGUUAGAAAAAAAUUGACUGAAAUGAUGCCCUCGAACAACAGUAACUAUAAUUCCUCCAACAUUAUUCAAGUAAGUCAAAGCGAUUCUUCUUUGAUGGUGAAUUCAAUUACGUCAAUGUCUUCAAGUACAACAAGUAACCCAACACCUCCUCCUCCCCCUCUACAACUACAGUCACAUCUUCACUUACACCAGCAAAGCAAUGCAUUAACUCCCGUUUCAAAUGGUUUAGUACAAUAUAUUGACAUAACUACACCAUUUUCGACACAAGAGUCUUUAGGAAAUGCAAGUGUAGAUAAAACUAGCAUUGAGUUUGCCCAAAUUUUGCACGAGGAUCACACUCUUUUUAAAAGAGAACAUGACAGUCAAUUAUUACAAUGGCUAAACCGCCGCCCAGAAGAUUGGGCUUUGUCUUGGGGUGGAGCAAGCACAAUAUAUGGUUGGGGACAUAAUCAUAGAGGACAAUUAGGUGGAUUAGAAGGAAGCCGUAUUAAAACGCCCACGCCUUGCGAGGCGUUAAGUUUAUUACAUCCAAUACAGCUAGCAGGGGGGGAACAAACUUUAUACGCUGUAACUACUGAUGGUAAAUUGUAUGCAACAGGGUAUGGUGCUGGAGGUCGUUUGGGAAUCGGUAGCUCCGAUACUAUUGGUACGCCAACUCUAAUCGAAUCCUUACAACACGUUUUUGUAAAAAAAGUAGCAGUAAAUUCCGGAGGGAAACACUGUCUCGCUUUAACCGCCGAUGGAGAAGUAUAUUCUUGGGGUGAAGGGGAAGAUGGAAAGUUGGGACAUGGAAAUAGAGUAGAUUGCGAUCGUCCAAAACUUAUAGAGGCACUUAGUGGUAUAGGAAUAGUUGACAUUGCAUGUGGAAGCGCUCACUCAGCUUGUAUAACGUCUUCCGGUCAUGUGCUCACAUGGGGUAAAGGCAGGUAUGGAAGAUUAGGUCACGGUGAUAGUGAAGAUCAACUACGUCCAAAGUUAGUUGAAGCUCUUUUGGGAUAUAGGGCUGUUGAUAUUGCAUGCGGUUCAGGAGAUGCUCAAACCCUGUGUAUUACUGAUGAUGAUAAUGUUUGGAGUUGGGGAGAUGGUGAUUAUGGCAAAUUGGGACGCGGUGGUUCUGAUGGAUGCAAAAUUCCAAUGAAAAUUGAAAGCCUUUCUGGUCUUGGUGUAAUAAAAGUAGAAUGUGGAUCUCAAUUUUCUGUUGCUUUAACAAGAUCAGGAGCAGUGUACACUUGGGGUAAAGGAGAUUAUCAUCGCCUUGGUCAUGGCUCUGUUGAUCAUGUCCGAAGACCAAAAAAAGUUGCUGCACUUCAAGGGAAAAAAAUAAUAUCAAUAGCGACUGGAUCUCUUCAUUGUGUGGCUUGCAGUGAUAAUGGCGAAGUUUAUACAUGGGGCGACAAUGAUGAAGGACAAUUAGGUGAUGGGACAAUAAGUGCAAUUCAACGGCCAAGACUGGUAAAUUCCUUGCAAGGUAAACACAUAGUAAAAGUAACUUGUGGUUCGGCGCAUACACUUGCAUUAUCGACAUCACAAUUAACAGAAGGGGCUCGUCCUCCACCCAGUCCACCUCUAGAAUAUGAUUUAGUUAGAGAUUUCCCUCCAGAAACUCUUCACGCAAGGCUUGUUUUGCUUCAUCACUUUUCUGAAUUAUUGUGUCCUUGCUUUACAAUGCUGCCUAUAUCUGGAGAAUUAAGUUUAGAAUCGUUGAAAGAUAUAUUAGUUUAUAGUAUUAAAGAAACAGCAUUCCGAAAGGUUAUUCAAACAACAAUGGUAAGGGAUAAGCAACAUGGGCCAGUAAUUGAAUUAAAUCGUAUUCAAGUGAAACGUUCUCGAAAUAAAUCAGGAAAUGGUUUGGCUGGGGUAGAUGGUAUGAAAAGCGUUUUUGGUCAAAUGGUUCAAAAAUUACCACUACUCACACAAGAAGCUCUUUCGCUGCCACAUCGUGUCUGGAAAGUUAAGUUCGUAGGUGAGAGCGUUGAUGACUGUGGAGGAGGGUAUAGUGAAUCUAUUGCCGAAAUGUGUGAUGAACUACAAAAUGGUAGCGUUCCUUUACUAAUUAACACACCAAAUGGUCGAGGGGAGGCCGGGGCAAAUAGGGAUUGCUUUCUUCUAGAUCCUACACUUAAUUCCGUACUGCAAAUGAACAUGUUUAGAUUCUUAGGAGUAUUGAUGGGAAUUGCUGUUAGAACUGGAUCUCCAUUAAGUCUAAAUUUGGCUGAGCCUGUUUGGAGACAAUUAGCAGGAGAGAGCUUACGCCCAAGUGAUCUUACUGAAGUUGACAGAGAUUAUAUAGCUGGUUUACUUUGUAUUAGAGAUAUGGAAGAUGAUAGAAAAGUUUUUAAUACCUUAGAGCUUCCAUUCUCAACAUCAUCAGCCAAAGGGCACGAGGUUCCCCUUUCAACACGUUUUAGUCGAAUUACACAACAAAAUCGUCAGGAAUAUGUACGUUUAGCUUUGAAUUAUCGCUUACAUGAAUUCGAUGAGCAAGUCAAAGCAGUCAGGGACGGAAUGUCUAAAGUUGUUCCAGUUCCUUUAUUAUCUCUAUUUUCAGCCUCAGAAUUGCAAGCAAUGGUAUGUGGGUCACCGGACAUACCUCUGGGUUUGCUGAAAUCUGUUGCCACAUACAAAGGAGUUGAUCCGUCUUCUCCAUUAGUUCUAUGGUUUUGGGAAGUAAUGGAAGAAUUUUCUAAUCAAGAAAGAUCAUUAUUUUUAAGAUUUGUUUGGGGAAGAACUAGACUGCCAAGAACCAUUCAAGAUUUUCGAGGAAGGGAUUUUGUCUUGCAAGUCUUAGAUAAAUACAGCCCUGCAGAUCACUUUUUACCAGAAAGUUAUACCUGCUUCUUUUUAUUAAAGAUGCCGCGUUAUUCAUGCAAAGCGGUACUUAUGGAAAAAUUGAAGUAUGCUAUUCACUUUUGUAAAAGCAUUGAUACAGACGAUUAUGCUCGAGUUGCUAUGGGUGAUCCAACUGAAGCGACUGGAAGCGAAGAUAAUAGUGAUUUGGAAUCAGUAGCCAGCCAUGACGCUUAAUAUGGAUAUUAUUACUUUUAAAGAUAGAAAUACAACAUAUUAUGUACUUUUACAUAAAUUUCUAGGCCAUAAAAACUCUGCGUGGAGCUUUAAAUGUUACUACCAUAAUAUUUGGAAUUAUUAAACGCAUACUCUCAAUAUAAUAUUAACAGAAAAUGUAAAAAAAUUUUAAAUGUUCAAUUAAAAAUUAAUUCACCAUUCUCAAAAUAAAAAAAUUAUUGUAAGUUUUAAUAUAAUAUUAAUUCAUUAUUAAACUCGGCUUCGUGCUGUUCAAUUAUUUUGUAAAUUUUUGAAUUAUUUUAAACUGAUAUAAGUAAUAUAUUAUACCUAUGUAUGUAAGUUAUUUUUAAUUAAAUAUUUAUUUUCAAAAAGCAAGCUUUUAAUUUUCAUUUAAAUUUUGCACAUUCAUUCCAAGUGUUUAUCCUAUUAAGUAUAGUUAAUAAAAAAAAAAAAAGUGUUAUAAG